UCCACUUUUUUGGAGUAGUCAAAUAAGUGCGUGCGCUUCAAGGCAGCAAGCGAAGCGCAUCAACGCCGCAGUUUUAUUUACCUAAUGCUUGCGCUGCGCCUCACUGCAUGCAUGGUGCCCAAGACGGCUGGAGUGGUCUUGUUUUCCUCUUUAAACCGCAAAUGCGUGGGGGAAAUGCAACUUCGAUCCUAACCUGUUAGUUGAGAAAAACAUCUUCGUUGGGAGCAUUUUUCAUCUUUGUUGGAGCAUUUUCAUUUUUAUUUUUUUUAUGUUCUUGUUGUAGAUGCUCAAAGAAUAGAACAUCCUUCCAAUUGUUUGUUGGAAUGUCUACAAGAGCGUUCAGUCAAAGACAAUAUGUGAUGGUAAGAGCGAAAGGCGAGAGGGGGCCUGCAGCCCUCCUCUUGGCGCAGUCAAGCACUUUGAACUGUUUGAAUCACAAGCAAAAUUUAUGAAAAUGAGCCGCCUGUUGAGAUUAUGGGAGACCCACUGCCUUUCCACAAUUGGGGAUGGCCGUCCGUCGAGCUGCGCAGUGCGCACCUCACCAGUCAGGCAGUCACCUACAAAAAAAGACGCGCAGGUCUUGUAUGAACAUGUUGUUAAAGAAAUCAAAGCCAUUAAGAAACAAGCUAGCAGAUUUAAGUGAUUAAUAAAGAGUUUUUUGUGGGGCUGUAUUCACCGGAUCAGAAGAUAGAAGGUGGACGGGCUCCAUAUCGUGAUCAUCAAUUGCUCUACCUAUCAAAACUUGUCGGUUUCUGCGAAAGAGAAAAGUGGCAACCUGCAAAACCAUUCCCCUUGCAACUUCUUUACUGUAACAGUCUCGAUGGAUGUCCUUAUGGUUUGCUGUAACAGCCGUGUUUUUACUCACAUACUUGUUAUUUUAAUAGUUGCUACGCUUUGCCUCGCUUCACGUGGUUGGCGCUUCCCUUGGCGUCAUCGCAUUUAAACGUUGCUUCCGAGAGAGCCAGCAUAGACAGACUCCCUCGCCUGGUCCCGGCGUCAGCCAUGCUCCGAUUCCGAUCUCUUCUUUCUUCCUCCUCCUCCCUUGUCUCCCGCAUUGCCUCUCUUGCAUCUUCUUCCUCUAGUCUUACUUUGCCUGCCUAUGGCCGGGCCGCUUGCUCUAAUCCCUCUCAAGGCAGCAGUUUCCUGGCGAGGGGGAUGUCUGCAGUAGCGAGCGCUCCGGGAGGUUCCAAUCUUCUCCUCAGGCAGCUCUUCGAGGACGAGUCCUAUACCUACACCUACUUGCUCGCCGACGUCGCUCACCCCGAGAAGCCCGCCGUGUUGAUCGAUCCAGUUGACCGGGCGGUGGACAGAGACCUUAACCUUAUCGAGGAAUUAGGCUUAAAGUUGAUUUAUGCCAUGAAUACCCAUUGCCAUGCUGACCAUAUCACUGGAACUGGCUUGCUAAAGAAAAAGAUGCCUGAGGUGAAGUCAAUUAUCUCGAAAGAUAGCAAGGCCAAGGCAGAUAUUUUGAUCAAUGCUGGUGACAAAAUACACUUUGGGAAUUUGUUUCUGGAGGCUCGUGCAACUCCAGGGCAUACUGUUGGCUGUAUCACAUAUGUGACAGGCGAUGGGCCCAAUCAGCCUAACCCUAGGAUGGCUUUUACAGGUGAUUCCCUUCUAAUACGAGGCUGUGGAAGAACAGAUUUCCAGGGAGGAAGCUCAACUCAACUUUACAGAUCUGUGUAUUCUCAGAUAUUCUCACUUCCAGAGGACACAUUGAUCUAUCCUGGUCACGACUACAAAGGAUAUACUGUCAGCACAGUGGGUGAGGAGAUUCUUUACAAUCCUCGAUUGUCAAAAGAUGAGGCAACAUUCCAAAAAAUCAUGGAAGGUUUGAAUUUGCCGUACCCAAGAAUGAUAGACAUUGCGUUGCCUGCAAAUCUGAUUUGUGGAUUGCAAGAAGUGUCCGUACAGUCUGUCUGACAAGCCUCCGAGUAAGAAAUAGCAUCAUCCAGCAGCCGGGAAUGUCGUCGAUCCAUCAAUCUGGUGUUUGGUUUCUAGCUAUUCUGGUUCCAUGUGAAGAAUUUGGCUUGCCCACACCCUUUAUGCAGCUUUUUCUGGUUUUAUUAUUGUCUCAAAAUCUAUGAGAGGUCUUUGUGUUUGUUUGUAUAUACAUUAUUGACCUUAUCAUCUGUGUUCAUGAAUGCCAGCCACGACCAUUACCGUGAGCAGGAGAUGGCAGGGUAGGCGUUCUUUUGAGCCUCAUAAACGGAAGGGGCUGGAGGUGAAUGUCGGAGGUGUCCGCUCCCCUCCUUUGCUUCCCAUGGGGAGAAAUCUCCAUGACAAUUAUCGUUGUCUUCUGCGAUGUGCAUGUCAUGAUACUAUCAAUAAAGACUACCAUCUUGAGUUAAUGUUCUCAAA